AUGAGUUUACUUAGUUCACUCGAAGGUCUCGCUACCCAAGCUAUUAAAGCAAAGCUUGCCGCCUCUCAAGGUGGUGGUGGAGAUGACGAAGAAUCUGGAUCUGGAUCUGAAGAAGAAGCUCCAUCAAGACCACCACCGAAAAAAGGAGGGCGUCGUCCUUCAACACCGGAUGUUGGAGAUGCUCAUAAAAUUGCCGCUGAACAUUCCGGUCAUGAUCAAGAACUCUUCGAAAACGCGUUAAACAAAGCUAAAACCAAGCUUUCGCGUAAACAAGCAGAAGGAGACGAGGAUUCUGAUGAAGACGUCAAUGCGGAACAUUACGAGAAAAUGCAUCAAAAAAUUUACAAGAAAGUCGAAAAAAAGGAGCAACGAAAACAAAAGGAAGCACCCUCGUCAUCUGGUCUUGGCGGAGCUGCUGCCUUACAAGCGUUAAAGAUCGAAGCCGUAAAAUUAUGGGAAGAGGAGGUUGUUACUCAAGCUGCUACUAUGGCGAUGAAAAUGUUAGCUGCAAAGAAAGGUGGUGAAGAUGGCGGUGGCGGUGGUUUGGCUAGUUUGGCUUCAAAGUUCUUGUGA